AUGCGGGAAGUCAAUUUUAGCAUCCCCAAUGUGAACAAGGCCUCGGUCAACAUCACCACCACUCUCUACGACCGUCGUGCCCUCGAUUGCACAUCAACCCUCCCCCUUAUCAACUCGCUCAACCAUCUCGCCUACCUCACAACAUCGUCCGCCCGAAUUCGUGAUAUCCUUACAGUCGACGGUGGCAUUGAGCGCUUGAUAUGCAUCCUCAAAGAAGGCCGGAGCAAGGAUUUGAUGGAAAUGUGGAAAUGGAGCCUCGCUUUCCAAUGCGUUGUCAAUAUUGGAGUGCGGGGCUCUGAGGGCGUAAGGACUCGUGUGGUGGAAGCCGACAUGGUCCCCGUCAUUGCCACAAUUUUGAACAAUUAUAUAAAGGUGGUGGAUAAAGUUCGAUCACGCGACUCCCCCGAGUCCGAGAAGCAAACAUCUUCCAAGGACGAAAAAUGUAGCAGCAGCCGAGAGCCCUCUGCUCGUUCCACGCCUAUGGAUCUAGACAUCCAACCCGAAUCACACACCGAGCCCGAGGAAUCUCACCGUCAUCGACAGGCUCCUCCGAGCAUCGAAAUUCCCCAGCCAUUCCAUCAUGACAGCCAGCCAAUCGAUUCCGAUGCCAUGGAUAUCACCUCUCCUCCCCAUGUUCCCAGGAUUUCAUCACCAGAAAGCAGCAAUCUUGGACAAGAAUCUCACAACCACCGGGCCCAUGACGGUCGUCUGCCACGUGCAGGCCAUCGCCUUCGAUCAAUGCAACCUCUAGCCACAGCUGUUCCAUCCAUGGAAACCACUGAUGGGUUCGGAUUGCGCCCAGUGCAUGACACUGAGCGCCUCCCUAGCAUGCUUCCCGGUCUUCAGACUGGGAUUGUCUCACAGCCCGAUUCCCCGACUACUCCAAGUGGACCCCUUCAUUCACAACCCCGAAGUCUUCCUCAAACGAUCGCCGCCAGACAGCGUCCUGCGAUCCGCCAGCAGCAAUCAGGCUCCGGUGAGUCGGACGAUGCCCAUGGUGAGGAUCCGAGUAUGGAUGACAGCACGAUGGGACAGCCUGCUGAAACCAUUGUCGGACUUCCGAAUCGCAUGGAAAUCGACAAUGUCGAGGGCCGAGAAAAUACGAUGUUGGACAAUGUCUCUCCCGCCCAUGGUCUUACUGUCACCGAUCCCUCUGAGGAAGAAGGCCCAGAGGUCGAGACUUUUAAUAUCACCCAUCGGUCGACCGUCGACGGUAGCAUAAUUACCGACGGCAACACCCAAAACACUGGUGGAUUGGGUCUCUCCCCAACCCAAGCCACCAACAACCCCAACUCUCCCACUCUCGCCCCAACACCCUAUGCCUUGUACCUCCGUGACCGCAACGCUCCCGCAGCUCAGGGCGUUCUGACCGCAAUGCCUCGUGAUGAGGAUGUCCUCAUGUCGUUGCAGUUGCUGGCAUACAUCUCCAAGUACUGUUACCUCAGAUCAUAUUUCCAAUCCUCCCACCUCGUUCCCAAGCUGAAGAUCGACCGUGAACUCCAUCUUUUGGAUGAUAACGCCGACUCUGCUCCGGUCGAGAUGUGUGAGGAGGAGAAUGAGUAUCUGUUGCCCGAUGAUGUGAAUAUCUUCCCAUUGGUUGAGAAGUUCACCGUGAGACAUCACUCCAAGGACAUGCAGUACUGGGCUUGUGUGGUCAUGAGAAACCUCUGUCGUAAAGACGAGGCAAAUGGUGGGAUCCGCCAGUGUGCCUACUACAAAUGUGGCAAGUGGGAAGAGUUCCAGCGUCAAUUUGCCAAAUGUCGACGUUGCCGUCGCACCAAGUACUGCAGCAAAGAGUGCCAGAAAUCUGCUUGGGUGUAUCACCGGCACUGGUGCCAUAUGACUCCGUGA